AUGGCGGCCAUUAGCACUGAUGCUGAUGCUGCUGAUGCCGGUACUAAGAAUGCUGAUCCUGUUGUGAUCCCUAUCCCUCUAGAUGAUGAUCGGAAUGAUGCACGGCAACAGUUGUCUCAAGAGACCAAUGAGAAACAGCAACCACAGGAAAAGCAACAACAGCACAUUCCUCAUCGAGAGGAAGCUCACACUCCUGCAUUGAACGAGAAAGUCGACGCCUCUCUUGCAGCACCAAAGGCCGUCGUCUUGCCGCGAGCCGGCACAUUUUCUUCCACCCUUACCGCAUUGACCGCCGCAUCUUCCUCCUAUGGUCUGCUCUCAACUGCUCCUGUAUGCGAGAUCCCGGAAUCGGUGCCGCCAGAUCGCGUUACCCUAGUCAAGGCCGAGAAAGGGGAUGACUACGAGCCCCAAGGCAGCAAGCUAAAGAACAACCUCUAUCCCGCAGUUGGUUUCUUGGAGCUAGCCAACGCUGGCGAUUUCGCUGCCAAUGUGUGGAACCAGUAUCCAGUCCCGGUGUAUGCAAUUGUCUUCAUGGCGGUUGGGGCGACAUUUGCCGGCAUCAUGUCUGUCUUUGCCGCUCUUGACUCAAGGCGUGCCUGGCGGAAUGUGAAGUUUCUUCGCAAGCAGCAAAUUGAACUGAGAAAGGCGCAUGCCGCCAGAGUAGCAAAGUCUCAGCCGACUAGGGACCUGGAUGUGCUGCUGUCUGUCAUAUUUCGCGAGCUUGGCACGGAGGCUAUUAAUCGCUGGGGACUCAACAUGUUUAUGGGUGCUGGUGCUGUACUCAUCUGCGUAGGUACAUAUCUUGCCAUUGCCGGAGCCAACGAUGCCAUCUUCUUGGCCAGUAACCUUCUUUCUGGAUACGUUGGUAACGCUCCCAUCGCCCUCUUCGGUACAAUCAACGCUUUCUGGGCAUAUUACAUCUUUUGCAAGGCCCAAGGACACAUUAAUGCGGCAUCGAAAGCUAUCCCUGGUACACGGGCCUUGGCUCUGAUUAAGAGGCGCAGCAGAAAUGUGCAAAUCUACACCUCUAUCAACGGCACUGCCACGCUUGUGGGAGGUGCUGGAUCCAUGGUCACCGCAACGAGAUGGUGGGGAUAUGUUGUGCUAAUUCCCGUCAUCUUAUCCUCUCUAUUCUGCAACUAUUGGUGGCGCACAAGAGCAGGCUAUACGCGCCGUGAUUUGGUACCAGCUGGGCUGUCAAUUAUGAAUGCCGAUUCGCUUUCCACUGCUUUGGAGUUUGCUUCUAGAGCGGAAGGCAAAAUCAGGGAGCAGAAAAAGACGCCCAUCAACGCCUUUGUCUCGGACCCAACAUCUCUAAAGUCUGUCCUCGCAUUUAUUCAGGAACAUGAGCUGCUGGAACCGUUCAGCCAACGACUCGUAAAGGAUGAAGGUUUGCGGAAGGCUCUUGGCUUUACCAAUACCCCAGCAGAAAUCGAAAUCGAUCUUCUAUCCCUCUUGGCUUUACCUAAUGAUCAGCAUCCUGCAGUUAUUCAGGUUGCUCAGGACACGGUGCGAAAAAUCGGAUCCAAGCAUUUUAAAUAUCGAGAACGUUAUGCAGCUGAGCUGCUUGGUACAUAUUUUGCUGUUUCACGACACGAAGCAAAACACCGGGAAAAGGCUAGACCUCAAUCCGAGAAAUCCGGGUCGCGAUGA